AUAAAUACAGCUUGACUCAGCCACUGUGUGACUGACACCCUUGGGACAUGAAGUGGAUACUAUUCUUUGGGGCCCUUAUUGGGCCCAGCAUCUGUGGUCGAGAAAAAUUUUUUGGGGACCAAGUUUUUAGGAUUAAUGUCAGAAAUGGAGACGAGAUCAGCAAACUGAAUCAGUUAGUAAAUUCGGACAACUUUAAGCUCAAUGUCUGGAAAUCUCCCUCCGCCUUCGGCGGGCCUGUGGACGUCUUGGUCCCGUCCGUCAGUCUACAGCCAGUCAGAUCUUUCCUGAUGUCUCAGGGCUUGGAGCACUCAGUGACAAUUGAAAACCUGCAGGCUCUUUUAGAUAAUGAGGUUGAAGAAAUGCAACACAAUGAAGGGCAAGAACGGAGCAGCAGUAACUUUAACUAUGGGGCUUACCAUUCUCUGGAAGCUAUUUACCAGGAGAUGGACAGCAUUGCCACAGAUUUUCCUGGUCUGGCAAGCAGAGUGAAGAUUGGACAUUCCUUUGAAAACCGGCCAAUGUAUGUGCUGAAGUUCAGCACAGGAGGUGGUGAGCAGCGGCCGGCUGUUUGGCUGAACGCAGGCAUCCACUCCCGAGAGUGGAUCUCGCAGGCCACCGGGAUCUGGACGGCGAGGAAGAUUGUAUCUGAAUACCAGAGGGAUCCAGCCAUCACCUCCAUCUUGGAGAAAAUGGAUAUUUUCUUGUUGCCUGUGGCCAAUCCUGAUGGAUAUGUGUACACGCAAACUCAAAACCGAUUUUGGAGGAAGACACGGUCCGUAAGUCCUGGAAGCCCCUGCAUUGGCGUUGAUCCAAAUAGAAACUGGAACGCUAGUUUUGCAGGAGAGGGAGCCAGUGAUAACCCUUGCUCCGAAGUGUACCAUGGACCCCAUGCCAAUUCAGAAGUGGAGGUGAAAUCAGUGGUAGAUUUCAUUCAAAACCACGGGAAUUUCAAAUGUUUCAUCGACCUGCACAGCUACUCACAGCUACUGAUGUAUCCUUAUGGGUACACAAUUAAGAAGGCCCCUGAUGGCGAUGAGCUGGACGAGGUCGCGAGGCGUGCGGCCAGAGCUCUGGCUUCCCUGUCGGGCACUGAGUACCAAGUGGGCCCUACCUGCACCACUGUCUAUCCAGCUAGUGGGAGCAGCAUUGACUGGGCGUAUGAUAAUGGCAUCAAGUAUGCAUUCACGUUUGAGUUGAGAGAUACUGGACACUAUGGCUUCCUCCUGCCAGCCAACCAGAUCAUUCCCACUGCGGAGGAGACCUGGCUGGGGCUGAAGACAAUCAUAGAGCAUGUGCGGGACAACCUCUACUAGAAGAGGGCCCCGUUCUGCCUACAUUUACUUGUACCCAAAUUGCAACGAGGCUGCUAUUAAAGGAGCUCUUUUCUUCACGCGUGUGUCAGAGCCCUCUGGGUCUGUAGGGAGUACAGGCCUGCCCCUCUCCAGUCUUGCUCCCUGGAGUAGGUGAUCCCGGUGCUGUACCUGUGAGGAGUGAGCUGCCAGCUGCUUUGUUUUGGUCUUGCUGUUUUGCUGAGCUUUUUGGGUGCCUCUCCUUCCACACACCUGGUUGAGCAGGCCAGAAUCAUUCCUUCCUGGGUGGCAUGUCUCCACCUCAUUUUUAGAAUAAUAGAACAUGAGAGAUGGUUCUCCAGCCUCAUCUGCCUCUAGCCAAGCCAGUGACCUUGCUCUGGUGGGGUCCCAAAGGAAAUGCUGUGGGAGACCAUGCUUGUCUUUAGAUGGGUCUCAAAGACGAUGCAGAACUUCCUUUAAUUUCUCUCAUUCUUUCCAGAAUAUAUUUUUCUUUGAGCAACAAAUCCCAUAGGGUCAUCAGUAUAGGUCUUCCCCUCCCCUGUCCCGUAUUUUUUUUGGUCUGAAUACAAAGUAGAGGAUCACUUCCCAUCACCAGACUAAGAAAUUUCUAGACCAUGCAGUUCUUAUUGCUUUCUUCUCUCAUUAUUUAGUGUAACUGGGAUCCCAGAAGGGGAUCUGUGUCACUAUAGGUACUGUUCAUCCAGGAAUGCUGGACGAAGGGGUCUAAAUUGCAGGGUUGCUGAAUUAUCCCAUGUGUCUUAAUGGGCUCACUUCCACUUUGCCUUUUGAACUUACUUUAAAGACCUUGCCUUCACCCUACAGGUCCUAAAUCAUUCCCCUAGCCUGGAUAAUUUCACUGCCUCUGCGCAUUCCUGUUUGUGCUCUGGUGCACCCUGUAUUUCCUUCUCCUGGGCAUUUUAUUUAUUUAUUUGUU